UGAUUUCCCUCUAGUCUAUAUUGUCUAUAAAUAUCAAUAUCACAAGAUUGAUAUUAAAAUCAUGUUUGUCUUUUGAAAAAACAAUGGACGGUCUUUCGCGAUACAAAUGUCAAUGUGAUAACUGUCUCCGGAUAAAAUUACCGAAUCGAGAAAUAUAUAUAUAUUAAAAAUAAAUUGUCAAGUAACGCCAAUUGUCGAGACAAUCGCUGUGAUAGUUUUGUGAGGUAAGGCGGAAAUGGGAAACGCCAACUCCGCACAACCUCCUAAGAGUCAGAAAGACCGGAAGGAGGAUCAUUGCAAUAUGACUCGAGCCAAUGUAGGUAUUGAAACCUAUCGACGAAAUCAAUGGGGCACACAAAAGCGUACUUUGCAGUUUCGCCUUUUACGUAGCGCAGAUACCGGAAAAGGCAGACAACCCGCGAGCGGAAGCGGCAAAGCCGCCAGCCAAAGUUUACAAGCUCAAAGGGACGGACAUAAUGUCCGGCCUCGGGCGACGAAUCCUUUCAUCAUUUUCUUCCUGCGACUUCGCAGUAAGAAGCCGAACGAGCAUGUCACCGUGAUAGCGCGAGCCGCGGGCAAACUGUGGUCUCAAAUGACUCCCGAACAGAGGAAGAAGUACGUAGAUCUCGCCAACGAGGAGAAAAAACGGCGCCAAGAGAGGAAACGAAAGAGAAAACGUUCUACGUAUUCGAGGUAAUCCGUGAGAAAAGAAAUAAAUAAAACGCGUAAAUUACUAUCAAGUUAUUCUAUCAAAUCAAACGAAUCAUUUAGGACGAUAAAAGUGAUCUAAACCCAUGCAAUUAUAAAGUUCAAAAAACCAAAAAUUUUUUAUGUUGUACUAUUCAAAUAUAAUAUAAGAAUGUGAUUCAUAAAAUUCAAGAGCGAACACUUUUCCAAGAUACCAUACGAACU